AUGGAGACUUCCUUGGGGACGACCCCUGUGGGAAGCACACCCGAGGCGGAGAAAGAUACUGAAUUGCAAGAGCAUGAAAAGAUUUUGUCUUCCGAUUUUCUUUCAAUGGACCAAAUCACUGAUUUGCUAAAAGAAAAUGUAGAUGGAAUUCAAGAAAAAAUGGGCACAUUUUUGAAUUUCAGACAUCUUCAAACUUGUUUAAAGGAAGGCAUUCUACUAGAUUAUUAUGUGUCUGGAUUUUUGUGGGCUAAAGGAAUGGAAUUUUCUAUUACUCAAUAUUCAAAAUUUAUGACUUUACUGGAUAUGUUGCUUCAUAAUCUUAGAACCCUACAUAUGUCCCUAGAAGACAGCAUAAAGUGGCUUGGGGAAGUUAUGGCUGAAAUUGGACCAACCCAGUCACAAAAAAAUGAGGAACAGAAUGUCUUUAAUAUAGAACAAGCCAAUGCUAUCAUUGAUUACUUAAAAAUCAGCUUAUUUCAACAUUACAGACUGUAUGAGUUUCUGUUCUUCUCUACCAGGGAAGAAAUUGUGAUAGGAACUGAGCAAGUGAUAGAGGUUGUCAAGACUUCAGUCCACCCAUUCCCAGAGCCUCUGGUAGAAGGAAUCUCAUUUGAUAUUCAUUCAACAUUCAUAGAGCCACCCUCAACCUCAGAUAUGGAAAUGAAGGGGUUGGAUCAAGAACAAGGCCCUGAGCACUCCCAGUCAGAAUCUGACACUUCAGACAUGGAUCCUUUAGUUGGCUUCACCAUUGAAGAUGUAAAAUCAGUCCUGGCUCAAGUCACAGAAGACAUUUUAAAAGGCAUUCAGACCGAGAUAAACGAAAAGCUGCAAAUACAGGAAGAGGCCUUUAAUACACGUAUAGAAAAAUUGAAAAAGGCCUGAGGACUCAGAACAAGAAGAGUGAUGCUAAACUUCACAGAAACAAACAAAACAAGCCAGAAUAAUAGAUUCUCUCAAGCAUCACAUCUCCUUCAUUUAGUUGUGAAAGGAAAACCAAGCCCGACUUUUUACUAUCCUAAGUAAUUAGAAUAGUAUUGGCCCCAAUUUUGCCAUCUCCUAUCCCAUAACAACCUCUGAAUUUAUUGCACUGCAUGUAAUGAAAGUGUUUUGUGUACAAGAGUUUGGAGAAAUUAUAUAUAAAAAUAUAAUUACUUUUAUGAUAGUCCUUUUACAUUUUGACUAAUAAACACUAUUCAUCUU